UUGGAUAGCGCAAUUGUUUGUUUGACCAGCGAUUGGUUGCUGACUUACAGACGACUCGAACUUUUGAAUGGGACAGCCACGUCAACAGUUUUGGGAAUGGAUCUUGUGAAACACGAAGGGGGCUGCCACUGCGGGGCUGUCAGAUUUGAAGUCUGGAGUUCAUCAGAUCUCCAUGUUUUUCAUUGCAACUGUAGCAUCUGCACAAAAAAACAAAACCACCACUUCAUUGUUCCAAAAACCAGCUUCAAACUCUUACAGGGGUCGGAUAAUCUGACGACAUACACCUUUAACACCCAUGUUGCAAAACACACCUUCUGUAAAACCUGUGGAGUUCAAAGUUUCUACACGCCACGCUCUAACCCAGAUGGAUAUGGCGUUGCUCCGCACUGCCUGGAUCCAGGUACGGUGCGCAGUGUCACAGUGGAGAACUUUUGUGGGGAGCAGUGGGACGAAAGCAUGCGAGCUCAUAAGAGCAUCAGAGACAUGUCCAAACCUGCAGACAACACCCAUCCAGAACACCACCAAUGA